CUCAGUACACUCUGUGAGUCAGAGAGAGCAAAAAGAUAAAAAAAGGCCCAUAGGGAGGGACAGGAGGGAGAGAAAUAGAUUUUUUUAAUCUUAAUAUGUGUGCAUAUUGAACAUAGUUUCAUUGAGGUGUAUUUAUUUGCGUUGUUCCCUGACAGGAACAUAGGCGUCAUAUACAGACCAAGUACAGGAGUUUUCAUGGUGUUGUAUUUUUUUCCAUCAAGAUGUUGGCUGUUCAUCUCGUCUCCUUCUUCUUCACCAAACUCAAGGAGGACCCCACAAAGAAGGUGGACAGGUUUCUCCAUGCAAUGUGUCUCCAUGACGACCAGCUAAAUGACAUCUCGGCUCGUUUCCAGGCUGAAAUGAAGAAGGGACUUUCAGCAGAAAGCAAUGCUGCCGCCUCAGUGAGAAUGCUGCCAACACAUGUUCGCUCCACUCCUGAUGGCUCAGAGAAAGGACAGUUUCUGGCGCUGGAUCUUGGAGGCUCAAAGUUCAAGGUGCUCCAAGUUAAAGUGAGAGAGGGAAUGGGAAUUAGGAAGGGAGGAGUGGAGAUGGAUGAGAAGACCUACAGUAUACCAAAGGAGGUGCGCAAUGGAAGAGGAUCAGAGUUAUUUGACCACGUGUCUGAGUCACUAAAGGACUUCCUGCUUGAGAGGAACAUCAGUUUGGAAAAGAAGCAUCCUCUGGCCUUCACUUUCUCUUUCCCCUGUGAACAGUCUGCCUUGGAUCAGGGAUUAUUGUUAAGCUGGAGUAAGAACUACAGUGCUCGAGGUCUCCAGGGAAAAGAUGUGGUCCAGGUCCUCAGAGAUUCUAUUGACAGAACUGGGGGUAUGGACAUAGAGGUGUUAGCUAUGGUUAAUGACACUGUAGCUACCAUGAUGACUUGCGGUUUUGAUGACCAGUACUGUGAAGUAGGACUCAUCAUUGGCACAGGCACCAAUGCGUGCUACAUGGAGGAGUUGCGUCACGUUGACCUGGUGGAGGGAGACGAGGGGAGGAUGUGUGUGAACACUGAGUGGGGAGGCUUCGGAGAUGAUGGGGCCCUCAGUGAUUACAUAACAGAGUUCGACAGAGAUGUCGACGAUGUCUCCAACAACCCUGGAAGACAAAUCUUUGAGAAGAUGGUCAGUGGGAUGUAUCUGGGUGAGUUAGUGAGGUUGGUGGUGUUGAAGAUGGCUAAAGUAGGAAAGCUGUUUGAUGGACGUGUGUCGGAUGCCCUGAGGAUCAAAGGGAAGAUAACCACUGCACAUGUAGCAGCCAUGGAGGAGUACAAAAAUGGUCUGACGAACACUAGAAUCAUUCUCGAGGAGCUUGAUUUGACCCCAUCAGAUGAUGACUGCGUCGCUGUUCAGCACAUCAGCACCAUCGUGUCCUUUAGGUCCUCAAAUUUGGUGGCUGCAGGACUGGCUGCCAUCUUAUCCCGAAUCAAGAAGAACCGGAAUCAGAGGGGCUUAAGGAUCACUGUGGGUGUGGAUGGAACUGUCUACAAGACUCACCCGCAGUAUCCUAAACGUCUCCACAAAGUGGUGCGGCGGCUGCUUCCUGAGUGUCAUGUUCGAUUCGUCCUCUCAGACAGCGGCAGCAGCAAAGGAGCUGCUUUGGUAACAGCAGUUGCUCAGCGUCUGGCAUCACGGAAGCGACAGGUGGAUGAGACUUUGUCCUCCUUCAGACUGAGCCAAGAGCAGCUCAAGUUGGUCAAGGCCAGGAUGAGAGCAGGUCUGGAGGCAGGGUUAAAGACAAAAGGCCCUUCUGCAAUCAAGAUGCUGCCCUCUUUUGUGUACCACACACCUGAUGGCACAGAGCAUGGGAAAUAUCUUGCCUUGGAUCUGGGAGGAACCAACUUCAGAGCUAUGCUGGUGAACUUUAAAAAAGGUCUGCAGCAGAACGCACGACUGUACCAUAAAAUCUACACCAUACCACUGGAGAUAAUGCAGGGGACUGGAGAAGAGUUGUUUGAUCACUUAGCACAGUGUGUUAGUGAUUUCCUGGACUACAUGGGGAUGAAGAACGCUCGUCUUCCAGCAGGUUUCACUUUCUCCUUCCCCUGCGAGCAAACAGCCAUUGAUACGGGUACGUUGGUGAGCUGGACCAAAGGCUUCAAGGCCACUGACUGUGAAGGACAUGAUGUUGUAAGCAUGCUGCGGGAGGCCAUCAAAAGACGCAACGAGUUUGACUUGGACAUAGCAGCAGUAGUCAAUGACACAGUUGGGACGAUGAUGAGUUGCGCCUAUGAAGACCCUCAGUGUGAAAUUGGAAUGAUUGCUGGAACUGGCACAAAUGUUUGUUACAUGGAGGAAGUGAAGAACAUUGAGAAGGCAGUGCAAAAGAAAGGAAAAACGGAAGAAGACAAGGGGACACCUGAUGAAGAGCAGGACAAGGCGGAUGCUGAGAUGUUGAAGAUGUGCAUAAACACAGAGUGGGGAGGUUUGGGUGACGAUGGCUCUCUGGAUGAUAUCAUCACACCUUAUGACACUGAAGUGGACCAAAACUCGGUCAACCCUGGAAAACAACGGUUUGAAAAACUCACCAGUGGGAUGUAUUUAGGUGAAGUGGUCCGACAAGUAUUACUGGAUUUAACUAGAGGAGGUUUGCUGUUCAGAGGCCAUGUCACAGAGACCUUAAAAACACCUGGAAUAUUCCAAACCAAGUAUCUGUCACAAAUAGAGAGUGACCGCCUGGCUCUACUGCAGAUCAGAUCUAUUCUCCAGCAGCUGGGCCUCAACAGCAACUGUGAUGACAGCAUCAUAGUCAAAGAGGUAUGUGGAGCAGUAUCACGUCGUGCAGCUCAGCUGUGUGGGGCAGGGAUGGCGGCCGUGGUCGAUAAGAUCAGAGAGAACCGAGGACUGGACCAUCUGAACAUCACUGUAGGGGUCGACGGGGCUCUCUACAAACUACACCCACGUUUCUCUGGAGUUCUCAAAGAGACUGCCAAAAUUAUGGCUCCUCAGUGUAGUGUGACUUUCCUGCCAUCAGAGGAAGGCAGUGGGAAAGGUGCUGCCCUCAUUACCGCCGUGGCCAGAAAGAAGCAGGAGAUGGAAACAAGGAGCAGAAUGAUUGCGGCCCAGCUACUAGCCUAUUACUUCACUGAGCUCAAGGAUGACCAGGUUAAAAAGAUUGAUAAGUACCUGUACUCCAUGCGUUUCUCUGAUGAGACGUUACUCGACAUCACGCAGCGGUUUCGGAGGGAGCUGGUCAAAGGACUCGGCCGGGACACGAAUCCCACUGCUGCACUGAAGAUGCUGCCAACGUUUGUGCGAUCAAUCCCUGAUGGAUCAGAGAAAGGAGACUUCAUUGCUCUGGAUUUGGGAGGCAGCAACUUCAGGAUCCUGCGUGUCAGAGUGAGCCAUGAGAAGAAGCAGACCGUUCAGAUGGAAAGUCAAAUCUAUGACACACCAGAGGACAUCAUGCAUGGCAGUGGAACAAGACUGUUCGACCAUGUGGCAGAGUGUCUGGGUGACUUCAUGGAAAAACACAGCAUCAAAGACAAGAAACUCCCAGUUGGGUUUACUUUCUCCUUCCCCUGCCAGCAGACCAAACUAGAUGAGAGCUAUCUGAUAACGUGGACAAAGCGUUUCAAGGCCAGUGGAGUGGAGGGGAUGGAUGUUGUCAAGCUGCUCAACAAAGCUAUCAAGAAGCGAGGAGACUAUGAUGCUGACAUCAUGGCGGUAGUGAAUGACACUGUGGGAACCAUGAUGACCUGUGGCUUCGAUGACCAGCGCUGUGAAGUCGGCAUCAUCAUCGGUACGGGUACCAACGCCUGCUACAUGGAGGAGCUGCGUCACAUUGACCUGGUGGAGGGAGAUGAGGGCCGGAUGUGUGUGAACACUGAAUGGGGAGCCUUCGGAGACGACGGCAGGCUGGAAGACAUCAGGACAGAGUUUGACAGAGAGAUAGACCGAGGCUCUAUCAACCCGGGGAAACAGCUAUUUGAGAAGAUGGUCAGUGGGAUGUACAUGGGUGAGCUGGUUCGUCUCAUCCUGGUGAAGAUGGCAAGAGAAGGCCUGCUGUUUGAGGGAAGGAUCACCCCUGAGCUUCUAACUAAAGGGAGGUUUGAGACCAAGCACAUCUCAGCCAUAGAGAAGAGUAAGGAGGGAUUGUCCAAGGCAAGAGAGAUUUUAAUCAAACUUGGCGUGGAGCCCUCAACGGAAGACUGCAUCGCUGUGCAGCAUGUUUGUGCCAUCGUGUCUUUCCGCUCUGCCAACCUGAUAGCUGCCACACUGUCUGCCAUUCUAAAGAGGCUAAAAGAGAACAGAGGAGUGGCACGUCUCCGAACCACUGUUGGCAUCGAUGGCUCUCUGUACAAGAUGCACCCACAGUAUGCUCGCCGACUUCAUAAGACAGUCCGACGUUUGGUCCCUGACUCUGAUGUCCGAUUCCUCCUCUCAGAAAGCGGCAGUGGAAAGGGUGCUGCCAUGGUGACAGCUGUGGCCUACAGACUUGCCGAACAAUCGCGACAAAUUGCCCAAAUACUGUCUGAAUUCCGCCUGACAACCGAACAGCUGCUGGAGGUUAAGAGGCGAAUGAGGACAGAGAUCCAAAAUGGCCUUUCAAAGAGCACUCAGGACUCUGCCACUGUCAAAAUGCUGCCAACCUUUGUACAAAGCACUCCUGAUGGCUCAGAAAAUGGUGAUUUCCUGGCUUUGGAUUUGGGAGGAACCAACUUCAGAGUUCUGAUGGUCAAGAUUCGUUCCGGAAAGAGGAGAACAGUGGAGAUGCACAACAAGAUCUACGCUAUUCCUCUAGAAGUGAUGCAGGGGACGGGAGAGGAGUUGUUUGAUCACAUUGUGCAGUGCAUCAGUGACUUCCUGGACUACAUGGGCAUGAAGAAUGCUCGUCUUCCUCUGGGCUUCACCUUUUCAUUCCCCUGCCGACAGACCAAACUGGAUGCUGGCAUCUUGGUGACAUGGACCAAGGGCUUCAAGGCGACAGACUGCGAAGGAGAAGAUGUGGUGGGCCUGUUGAGGGAGGCCAUCAAGAGGAGAGAGGAAUUUGAACUGGAUGUCGUAGCCAUCGUUAAUGAUACAGUGGGAACCAUGAUGACUUGUGCCUACGAAGAACCCACCUGUGAGGUUGGACUCAUCGCUGGCACUGGCAGCAAUGCGUGCUACAUGGAGGAGAUGAAGAACAUUGAGAUGAUAGAGGGCGAUGAAGGACAGAUGUGUGUCAACAUGGAAUGGGGGGCUUUCGGAGACAACGGAUGCCUUGACGACAUCAGGACAGAGUACGACCGAUCUGUGGAUGACUUCUCCCUCAAUCCAGGAAAACAGAGAUAUGAGAAAAUGUGCAGCGGCAUGUACCUUGGUGAGAUUGUGCGGAACAUCCUCAUAGACAUGACCAAGAAAGGAUUCCUGUUCAGGGGACAGAUUUCUGAAACACUGAAGACGAGAGGCAUCUUUGAAACAAAGUUCCUCUCACAGAUAGAAAGUGACAGGUUGGCUUUACUGCAGGUGAGAUCCAUCCUGCAACACUUAGGGCUGGACAGCAGCUGUGAUGACAGUAUCAUCGUCAAAGAGGUAUGUGGAGCAGUGUCACGACGUGCAGCUCAGCUGUGCGGUGCAGGAAUGGCAGCCGUUGUGGAUAAGAUUAGAGAGAACCGUGGACUGGACCAUCUGGACAUCACUGUAGGGGUCGACGGAACAUUGUACAAAUUACAUCCACACUUCUCCCGGAUCAUGCACCAGACUGUUAAUGAACUGGCUCCUCAGUGUAACGUCAACUUCCUUCUGUCAGAGGACGGCAGCGGCAAAGGAGCUGCUCUCAUCACAGCUGUGGGCUGCCGGCUGAGGCAGGAGCUGAACAGCAAAUAGAAAAUCUCCUCCAUCUCCCCCUGACACCUCACCCAUUGUCUCCUUUCUUCCUUAAUCAAACGAGUCCAAUCAACACAUCACGCCCCAGUAGCUGCUCUAGUCCGUCUGCGUGACUCAGAGAAAAGGAGUCAGCUUUCUCUGUUGUGUUUAGUAGCAGAGAGUCAGGCACUCUGUUGGAGGUAGAUUAUUUCUGAUUAACCAUUGGAACAGCACCCAGUCUCUUAAGGGGUUUGCAGUUUUGUGAUUUCUGAGGUUAAACUUAUCAUAGGGAGAAAACACGCACAAUCAACUCCUGUUUUAAAAAAAGAAAAAAAAAACAUGAAAAAAAAUUGCAGAGCAGAAAGAAAAAAAAAAAAAAAGACUUGACACACUCGUAAUGAUCCUCUGUCUCCAUCUGGAGGAUUCUUCUGGUUACCGCAGUCUGUUACAAAUUUCCCAGCACAAUCGUUGCAGGAGAAAAGAUAAAGAUCCUUGCAACAUGUUUAAGAGAUGCAAGGAGAUUAAAACAGUUUUACACCAAAGUCACCAAAGUGUGUCUGCUGUGGACUACUCACUGUCUGUACAGGAAGACAUAAAACCAAAAGAUAAGAGAUGAUAUAUAAAUGUGUAACGAGAUGAAAGGAAAUAUUUUUGCUUUAAGAUUUUUAAUAUCUUUCCCGAAUAUAAUACAGUAUGUUAUACAUAUAUUGUUGCUAUUUAUUUUAUUUUUAUAUUGGGAGAUGUUAAAAAUUGUUACUGUUGCAAUAAUGAUGCACACACAAAAGGCCAUCGGUGAAGUUCCCUCAGAUGUUGCCUGUCCUGUGUUUCAGGGCAGAAACAUAACAAUAGAGGGAAUCGUACUGUGGUUGGAUCAGCAGAAAACUAUUUCUGAAUGUGCUUACUUGACAGCAAUCUGUUGUUAUUAUCUGUGCUCUAGCGUAAAAAUAUGUCCUGCUGUUGGGUCUAAUCACAACUCUUGAUAAGUUGUUGCUGUCUGUAGAAGUUCUGGCUUCGUCAUCGCCACGGUGACACUUCAUCAGUUACUUAGCGACAGCCAUGAAACAAGAAAGUGGUGCUAACAUGAAUGCCAGAGGAACAACAAUAGCCAAACUGUGUAUUAAUAUAUAACAACAUCACAGUAGGACUUUUAAGUGCUUCAAAUAGCAUAUCUCUACACUCACUAUCUAUAAGCUCCCAAAGGCUCCAGGAGUGUUUAAGUGAACUACUGUAUGACUCAUUCAUGUAGCACAAUUCAUGCAAAUUCCUAAAUGUUUAUUUUCCUCAUCAUAUUUAUAAUCACUAAUGUUGAAAAACUGGUCAGUUUGUUCACUGGCAGUUCUCUGAGUCAAUUAUCAAUAUCGAGGCUGGCCUUUUUAUGUAAUUAAGUGUGUAGAUGUUUGACACUGUAAGAGGAAAGUUAUCUAUUCUGAGGUUAGUGGUACUGUCACUGGCAGGAUACAUUUUUGAGAUUCAGCACUAUAUUUAGCUGUUAUCUUUGUAAAAUACCCAAAAAGUUAGUUGAAUUUCCUUUUCUAUCUUUUAAUCAAACUGUCAGGAUAAAGAAGGCCAGCCUCUGCAGCGUGUCCUGACCUACUCUGCCUCCCCCAAAUUACUCGGUCGAAAAGCCAACCCCAUCACUCACAGAACACCUUAAUCUCUUUGCUUCUGUUCACAAAGCCUAGACUGUGUCUGUCCAGCACUGUCAAUCAGUCACAAAAUAAAACCAACCUGUGUCAAUCUGAA